AAGCGAUCCUCGCGGCCGGUCACGGAGCCUGUCCCCGGAAGCGAGAGCAGCGGCGGCGGUGCUGGGCCCGGCCGGCUCCGGUGCGUCGAGCAAGCGGCCUUAAGCCGACGUCGCUGACUGGAGAAGCGGAAGGCGAUGCAGCGGAGGGCGCCCGCCGCCGCCGGCAGCGGCCCCAGAGGCGCGGAGUGAGGCGGCCCACGGCAAGGCCCCGGCGAGCCCCCCUCUCGCCAACCCCGCCACCCCCGGCCUCCUCAGCGCCCCGGCGGCGCUCGCCCGCCCGCCCGGCUGGCCCCGUCAGGCGCCUUUUCCCUGCGCUGCGGCGGGCGGAGGCGGAGGAAGGACAGGCCCAUGGAAGGGAAUCGCGACGAGGCGGAGAAAUGCAUCGAGAUCGCCCGCGAGGCCCUGGAGGCCGGCAACCGGGAGCGGGCGCUGCGCUUCCUCAACAAGGCCCAGAAGCUCUACCCGACCGAGACCGCCAAAGGUGAGCGCGGGGCGCCCGACCGAGAGGACACACCCCCCCCCGGCUGGGCUCUUGGCCGACGCUGCGCGCCUCCCUCUGAAAGGUGGCCCUUGUAUCUCGAGAGCGCCCUUGGGAUCCUAGCAUGGCCUCCCUUCACGGGCAGGUGUCGGGAGUCUAGAAGGAGAAAAAAUGGGGGGGGGGGCUAUAAGGAAGUGUCGUGCAAACUCCGUCGCCUCAUCUCUGGUGUCUGGCCUUUCUCAGCUUUGGGCCCCCAGCCCAUUAAUGAUCCUAUUCCUGAAGCUGCUGCUGAAAACACAACGGAUCGUAAUGAAAGACGCUUGGGCACUAUUAGGGCAUGCCAACAACCCUUUUCCUUUUUUUGCACUUUCCAUUUAGAAUAUAUAAACAUUUUUGGGAAACAUCAGUGAUGGGUGAAGCUCUUUGGUUAGAUCUGAAGUCAACUUGGUAAUUUUGAAGUUUAUUGGUUAACUUUUUGGGGGGGAGACCUCCUGAGAGUUCCAUGGUGGAUUGAAGUAUCAGUAUUAUAGAAUCAUAGAAUUGUAGAGUUGGGACAGACUACAGGGGUCAUCUAGUCCAGCCCCCGGCCAUGCAGGAAUCUUUUGCCCAAUGUCAGGCUGAAACUCAUGACCCUGAGAUUAAGAGUCUCAUGCCCAUCACCCUGUUCCACUGAUCCUGCUAACUAGAGAUCAUAGGAUCAUAGAAUCUUAAGAGUUGGAAGGGACCCCAAGGGUCAUCGAGUCCAAUCUCCUGUAAUGCAGAAACCUUAGCUAAAGCAUCCAUGACAGAUUGCCAUCCAACCUCUGUUUAAAAACUUCCAAGGGAGGAGAGUUCACCACCUCUUGUGGGAGUGUGUUCCACUGCUGAACAGCUCUUACUGUCAGGAAGUUUUUUUGAAUGUUUAGUCGGAUGUUUAGUGGUCCCCAGAAUUGGACACAGUAUUCCAAGUGUGGUCUGACUAAGGCAGAAUAGAGUGGUACUAUUACUUCCCUUGAUCUGGACACUAUAUCUCUGUUGAUGCAGCCUAGAAUAGCAUUAGAUUUUUUUGCUGCUGCAUCAUACCGUUGACUCAUGUUAAGCUUGUGGUCCACCAAGACCCCUAGAUCCUUUUCACAUAUACUGCUAGUAAGCCAGGUGUUCCCCAUCCUAUAUUUGUGCCUCUGGUUCUUCCUGCCUAAGUGCAGAACCUUACAUUUGUCCCUAUUGAAAUUCAUUUUGUUAGCUUGUGCCCAGUUCUUCAAUCAGUCAUUUUGAAUUCUGAUUCUGUCUCCUGUGGCAUUAGCUACCUAUCCCAGUUUGGUGCCAUCUGCAAAUUUGAUGAGCAUCCCCUCAAUUCCUUCAUCCAAUUCAUUUAUAAAGACAUUGAACAAGAACUGACCCAGAACAGAACCCUGCAGCACCCCACUUGUCACUUUUUUCUAGGAUGACAAGGAACCAUUGAUGAGUACUCUUUGGGUUUGUUCAGUUAAUCAGCUACAAAUCCACCUAACGGUUACCUCAUUCAACUCACAUUUUAUCAGCUUCCUCAUGAGAAUAUCAUGGGGGACUUUGUCAAAAGCCUUACUGAAAUAAGAUACAGUAUGUCCACAGCAUUUCCCUGAUCCACCAAGUUUGUAGUUCCAUAAAAAAAAGAAAGAAAUCAGUUUGGUCUGGCAUGACUUAUUUUUGAGAAACCCAUGCUGGGUCUUAGUAAUCACAGCAUCCUUUUCUAAAUGCUCACAGACCGACUGUUGAAUUAUCUGUUCUAGGACCUUUCCUGGUAUCAAUGUCAAGCUCACCGGUUGGUCAACCUGGGUCUUCCUUUCCCCCCUUUUUGAAGAUGGGGACAACAUUUGCCCGCCUCCAAUCUGUAGGGACCUCACCUACAGAAUUCUCCAAGAAUUCUCAAAGAUAAUAGACAAAGGCUUUGAAAUUACAUCCUUUAGUAGCCUUGGAUGCAGCUCAUCAGGCCCUGGAGAUUUGAAUUUGUUUGAAGUAGCUAGGUGUUCCCUUACUACCUCUUUUCCUAUCUUGGGCUGCAGCUCCCUCCUUACAUCAUUUAUUAUGUUAUCACCAGGUUGGGCAUCACUUUCCUUUUGGGUGAAAACAGAGGCAAAGUAGGUGUUGAGUAGUUCCGCCUUUCCUCGGUCACCCAAUUGCAUUUCUCUGUAUUCCCCAUGCAGAGGACCUUCCAUUUGCUUGUUCUUCCUCUUACUUCAGACAUAGCCAAAGAAACCUUUAUUAUUAUUUUUAACCUCUCUUGUAAGCUUGAGCUCAUUCUGAGCUUUAGCCAGCCUGACUUUCCCCCUGCAACUGUUGGCUACUCAUGUAUACUCCUCCUUUGUGAUUUCCCCUUUCUUCCAUUUCUUAUACAUGCCCUUCUUAACUCUUCUCUCAUCUGUAAGCUCCUUAUGCAGCCACACCAGUUUCCUUAGAUGCCUCCCACUUUUCUUUCUUGUUGGUAUUGUCUGCAUUUGGGCCUUCAAUAUUUCUCCUUUUAGAAAUUUCCAUCCUUCUUGGACUCCCUUCUCAUUGAGUAUUUCUGACCAUGGGAUCACACCCAGUAGCUGCUUCAGCUUUUUGAAAUUGGCCUUCCUAAAGUCCAGAGUACGUGUCCAACUACGCUCAGUUUUCUCAUGUCAUUUUAUACAUUUAUUAGUAACAAUGAAUGGAUACCAAUUGCAAAUACAGUAUUAGGCAAGUCUGGAAGCUUCACACUUUUGCUGUAUUCACUAAAUAAAAGUACAAUAAACAUGCUAAAUUUGAUCACUCUCUAGGGUAUCAGAAACUUUUUCCAUUACAAGUUACCCUUGCCUAGAAAAAAAUAUCUAAAAAACUCACACCACUGCUUCUAAACCUGCAAAGAUAUGCUUAAAGCAAUGUGGGCAAGAAAGAUGGAGGCUGGGUAGAAUUUUGAGUGACCUGGGUUUCAGUGAUAUGCAUGGUUGAUGAAACUAAAAUCAUGUUAUAAAUAAGCAAAUAUAUCUUGGGAAAAAUCUAGGUCACCCUUUUUAAAGUUUCUACAAAAGCCCAGGAUAUACAUGUAAGUUCAUGGAAACCUGAACUUGCUUACUGCCACACUUAAAACUGAUCCCCUGCCAGCAAGCUAGAGUUAAGAAACUAGAAAUUUAUUAACAUUUCUCAGUGCCCUCAUGGAAACAGAUUCCCUGGGAUCCCCUUACAGAAGUCAAAACCAGCUAAACCAGACCACCCAGCUACAAUGCUAUGCACACUUACCUAAGGCUAAAUGCCAAUGAACUCAGUGGCACUUGAAUAAUCCUGCAUAGGAUUGCACUACACAACUGGUUUGUUUGUUGUGUAGAUAUACCCCAAAGAUCAAGUUUCUAAAAUUUCAACAGGUACAACUCACGUAUUACCAAGUGUUUUUCCAACAAGACUACAUACUUUUUUGCUUUUUACAAUAGCAAAAAGAAAGAACGAACUGAGACAAUGGUGCUGGCUCCAGUUAGCUUAGGCCAUAUGUAUAACAAGAAAGGGGGAGGGAGUUGCAAAUAUACUGAGGCACUUUUAAUACGGUGCAGCGCUAACUAAGUCGAUACUGAAGUAAGACAUGUGAAAUUUAAUUACAGCUACUCCCUACUAAUUGUGGCUAGAAUCAUCUCUGCUAAUUAUCCUAUAGAAGUUACGAAACAUGACAACGGGAUUUCUAUAGCAAGGGAGUACCCAGUUCAAAGGUUGCCUCACUAGGUAACUUUAGGUGAACUCACUAGGUAACUAGGCAACUGAGUCUCUGAGCUACCUUACAGAGUUGCUGUUGUAAUCCAUCAAUGAAAUAAUGGGCAUGAAACAUGUUGAAACUUAUUUACAAAUACUACAUAAUAUCAUCAUCAGGAUUGGUUUCAGGAUAUGGGGACACUGGUGGCAACUGCUAACCACUGGGUGAGGUGGAAAGUGGAGAGCCAAACUCAUGCUCCAUUUUUUCCAUAGAAAACUGAAGAGCUGGAUUUUUUUCUUAUGGAAGAUUUCCUACGUGAACAUCACUGGCUUGCUUCUUUUAAAGUAAAACCGUAGAUUCUCAGGAAGCUGAAUUUAUUGAAUGUCAGAUUCCUACAUAUGAUUGUGGAAAUGUUCUCAGCCCUUAAUCUUUUAUGCUAAGCCUGCCUCAAAUUUUCCAUUUCCUUGUUUCACUACUUAGCUAUUCCCCAUGCCCAAAUUAUUUCCUGUACGCUGUAGACUGCACAAUUGUCCCAAGUUCCCUUUUAUUCAAGCCACUUUCCAACUGCUAAAAGCAUAGGAGGACUUGAAAUCUGGUUAAACUGUGGAAUCAAGGCUGGAUAUUUGAAAUACAAAAGUGAAGAGACGGUAAUGUUUGGAAAUUAUCAUUCCCUCCACAGUUUAGAGCUUUUUUGGGAUCAUACAAAUAUAUGUUGUUCCUGAGAUACCUGCUACACAUUACUCACUUAGCCUAAUCUAGGCUGAUCUGUGACGAAACCCAGUAUAUGAAAGUACAAACAGCUUUGCUAAUAUAUGUUGGCUCUGAUAAACCUCAUUUCAAAUAACUGGUUAUAUUUCAGGUCACACUACGUGUACCCUGGUAAUCUGGUGUGAAGGUAACAUGUUCAAAAAUAUAUGUGGCUUUCAGAGCAAUUUGUAUCGUCAUUGCCCUGGACCAGUACAUAUAUUACUUGAAGAUUCUUCUGCAAAUAAUAAAAGUAACAUUAUUAUUAUUAUUAUUAUUAUUAUUAUUUACAUUUGUUAGUUACAUUUUGCAAAAAAGAAAAGAAAAAAGUUUCAAAACAACUUAACAAGAUGAAAUAUAACAGUUAAAAACAAUUUAACUUAGAAAAUUUAAAGCAGUAUAUAAUACAAAGUACCUAAAGUGCUCAUCCAAUAACACACUACAGUAAUGGCAAAUCCUAUGCACCCCAUUGAAAGAUAAGCACCACUGUAGUGACUGGCUUUGUUGCCAAAAGCCUGAGUGAAUGAAAAGAUCUUGGGCUGGCACUUAAAAACUGAUAAUGAUGGUGCCAGGCACUUUUCCCUGUGGAGAGCAUUACACGUAUGGGAGACCACUUCUGAAAACGUCUUGUUUCAUGUGGCUCCCUCUGUAUCUCACUCAAGUAAGGUGCAUGGAGAAGGAUCUCUGAUGAAGACCACAGGGUCUGCGCUAUUUCAUACAGGGAGAGGUGGUCCUGAGCUGCAUAGGGUUUUAUAGAUAAAAUGUUGUCCUUAAGGCUUUCCAAACUAUACUUCCUGUGGAUGUCAUGUUUUGAAUAGCAGUAUAUCCAAGUUUAUAACUGGCAUGGACCUAAUAUUAAAGAUGAAGGUAAUGAACUGUAUAUUUUAAAAGCACAAAUAAGACUUAGCAGUAAAUGCCAUUGUAGAAUGUACACCUAGCUGAGCUCUGUUUUAUUCAGAGAUUCUCCAACAAGUAUGAUCCAGCUGAAACAUAUUGCCAGACAUUUUGUAAAACCCUUGCAGCAUUCCAUGUUGCCAGUAUCUCAGAUAAGCCAGAUCAGUUCACCUGGGUGUGCAGUGUUAGCAUGUCACAUACCUAGCAGCAGAGGUCUGCAGGGCUGUGAAAUGUUCCAUGUCUAAGUUCUUGCACUCUUAGCGUCAUGUUUAAAUUGAACCCUAUAAUUAAAAACCUGAGGAGUAGGGAGUUCAGUUUAAAUUUUUCAAAAGAGCAGAUUUACCUGAAUAAUUUAAGGGAAUGGUGUGUGUUUACGUUCCCUUCUGAAAGCAUCUAUAGUAUUCUAGGCCAGGCACGUACAGUGGUACCUCGGGUUACAAACACUUUGGGUUACAAACUCUGCUAACCCAGAAGUAGUACCUUGGAUUGAGAACUUUGCCUCAGGAUGAAAAUUGCACGACGACGGCAUCGGGAGGGCCCAUUAGCAAAAGCACGCUUCAGGUUAAGAAUGGUUUCGGGUUAAGAAUGGACCGAAUGAAGCUCGUAACCCAAGGUACCACUGUAUAUGUGGCACUAUAUGUCCUUUUUAGGUAAAAUCCUAAAAAAAGUUCAACAACUUUGGAGUAAACUUCAAUCCCCUGUUCUAGGCCAACCCAAAGGCCUGAUGCUAGUCCAUGGGAGUUGCUCUUGUUUAUACUGCUGUUUACUUCAGUAGAUAUAAAAGCAGUACUGCAAAUUGCAGUAAGCAGUGGAACUGGAUCUUUGCAGCACAUGUAACAUUAUCAUAGCCCUGCUUCAAAUCCAAAUUUGUAGUCUUCACCAGCCAUAAGAGCUGCAACCAUGGCAAAUAAUCAAAUCAAGCCUAGGCACACCUAGUUUUUGCAAAAUCAGUUCAAAAUAAGUACUAAAGAAUUACUCCUAAGUAAGUUUCACAUGAAUUCACUUUAAUUAAGGAAUUUGUCUUAAUUAAGGAAAUCUGCCUGAAUGUCUGGAUGAGGGAUGUCAUAGGGCAGAGAUGGUGAGCCAGUGUCGCAAAGGCACUUGCAGCAGCCCACCCGUUCUCUUUCAGAUGGAGGUAUCUUUUCUGCCUCUGGCAUAAUGCAGUUCUUAGUAGGCCUUAGUGUUUGGGAAACGGGAGUGCUUAGAGCAGACCUUCUAGGAGUGGCUCCAUGCCAGAGGGAGAAGAGGCAUCAUUGUAAGUAAGUCGGGGCUUCCUUGCAAUCACAGCACCAGGCUGUGGAGGAGAGGUUCCUCUUGUAGCCCAGCACUAUGAUGCUCUUCAGAGACUGAGAUCUCUGAAGAAGAGAGACAGUGUUUUUAUUCCCCGUUGGAGUGCUAGGCUGAUCAGCAGAAAGGAGGCGUGUGCUGCUUGAAUGCUUCUGCCUGCCUCUCUGAAUGUACCUAUGUGUGUGGUGAGUGUGUGCAUGUGAGUGUACAGUGGCAUGCAGUCCUUGAGGGGGGCGGUGAUGAUACUACAGUAUAAAAAUUUAUCACACACCCAUCACUCGAAGUUCCUAGAGCAGGUUACUGCAAUUAAAACACAGUAUUAAAAAUAGUUUUAACCAACCUUCAAUGUGGUUUUUGGGCUGUAAAAUGUUAGCCACCCUCUUCUUACAGGACGUUGGCCCUCAAAAUGUCAGGUAAACUUGUAUCACUUUAUUUAUAUUUAUAUUUAUUUUAAUUCAUUAAAGUCUGUUCUUGGAAGGAAGAAUGACUUUCGAUGUCACUUUAAGCCAGUGGUGUUGCAGUUAGUUUGACUGCUUUCUUACAGAGGUAGUUUGCAUGCUUAAGACUGAUGGGACUUCAGCAAAUAUUUUGCUUGAAGUCUUUGAUUCCCUGGAGGGACCUGUUAAGGGACUGUAUAGCACCUGUAGGCCUAUUUGUUCCUGAUUUAUUUGUGCCUUCUUUGGGAGCAGAAGGAUCUGUUCUUCCAUCUAAACAGCUGGUAUUUUUGUUUUGUGCUUUGAGAAGCCCAGGCUGCUUUUUUUGUGUUUCCUUUAGGCAUGAUAUGUCCAUAUCUACUGAAGAGUUUUUGGAGGCGGGAGAGUUCUGAGGGAUAAAUUCAAUCUAUUUACAAAUGAAAGCAUCAAGCCGGGAAUAUGGGACUGUAUAGACAUGCCCUUUGACAUGGUUCUAUAUAACAUGAUAGCAACCAUAUGCAAGCAGGAGAAUAGAUUGUACCUUUCAUAAUCAACAGCAGACACGCAAAGGGCAUUGAAAGAAGCUUAUAAUUGUGGAACUAUUUCAAGGGCUUUACAAGAGUGAAGUCUGGAUUUGAAUUUACUAUAUAAAUAGCAUUGUACUUUACUGGCCAUUUCAAUUCUUCCUUAGAGCACUGCAUAUGUCCACAUCACUGAGGCAUAUUGAAGCAACUAAUUUAUAUGCUUUAUUUGCAUGUAAAUAGUAUGUAUACUAAUGUGGAUUAUUUAAAAAAUCAAUUGGAUAUGUUUUGUCUUAUUUAAAAAUUAUUAUUUUAAUAUUCUAGUGAAUUUGUAUCCUUAUUUCUGAGUGCAAUAAUAAGAGUUGCCAUAUUAGCAUUUCAUUCCUGGUAUUUGAGGGAUAGCCUUUCUGUUGGGAUUGCAAACUGACUGGGGAUAACAACACCAACCUAGCCUGCUUUUGUGCUUUUAACAGCAGCUUUAUUUGUAGAAAUUGGCAGAUGCAGUUCUUCAUAUCUUAGUGAGAAGGAUUAUAACGUUCUUAGACAUUUUAAUAGAAAUGUGAAUGGACUAGAAAAGAUACAAGUUGGUAAUCCCAUUUCCUACCUACAAUAUUUGUCUUCACAUGCUUCACACUAACAGACUUUUCAUUCUGUUUGAAGUCUUGUUAGUUUCAAAAAUGUGCAUUUUCUUAACAACUUUGAUUAAUUAGAAGUUUCCCUUCUGCAUUUUUACAAUGCUGUAAUAGUAAUGAUCAACAACAACAUGGUAGAAAAUAGUUUUCUUCUAAGGCUGUUGAAGGCAUUUUUUCCUUGCAGUUCUGAUUUAACCUACCAUAUUUUUCGCUCUAUAAGACGCACCAGACCACAAGACGCACCUAGUUUUUGGAGGAGGAAAACAAGAAAAAAAAUAUUCUGAAUCUCAGAAGCCAGAACAGCAAGAGGGAUUGCUGUGCAGUGAAAGCAGCAAUCCCUCUUGCUGUUCUGGCUUCUGGGAUAGCUGUGCAGCCUGCAUUCGCUCCAUAAGACGCACACACAUUUCCCCUUACUUUUUAGGAGGGAAAAAGUGAGUCUUAUAGAGCAAAAAAUACAGUAUUUCAAGACAAUGGCUGUAUUUUACAGAUUCCAAGCGUAUUUGCUCAGAAGUGACCUGCACUGAAUUCAGUGGGAAAUGCUCCCUGAUAAGUGUGCUCAGGAUUUUCCAAUCUUAAAACUUAUUUUUACUAAUUCAAGAAAGUCUCUUUAAUCUAAUAUUAAUAUCAUAUACGUUUAAAAUUACAUUACUUGGGAAAUUUAGGACGUGAAUCAGUUGAUUGCUCAAAUACAGUACUGUCAAAGAUUUCAUCAAGCCGGGAUGGAGGCCCUUGCAAAGGUGGCAGCUUAUAUUUCUUAUUUUAGUAAUUUAGUUGCAUCAUAGUAUCACCUGAUGGUAUCAUCUAACCUAUUCUAUUUUGCUUCUUACAGCAAAAAGAUCUUGAUUAAACUGAAACUAUAGGUUUCAGUUUUCAGGAAGAAAUAACUCAAGUUUAGCCCCUUUUCCUUUCUGUGGAUUUAAUAAUUUAGAUGUCUGAAAUAGUCUGAAAUGGGCAAGAAUCAACCUUUUUGGGUGCUACAUUUUGCUGUGUGAUUCUCCAUAGAAGACUUUGCAGGCAGGACUGAAUCAACCAGACAGUACUGCCUCAGCAAUUACUGUGAAAUGAUUGCUGGUUCUCUUUGCCUUAAAAGCUGUGUAUGGAGAUGCAGGAAAACAAUUCUUUUCCUAGCAAAAGGAACGACUGAACUUACAUUCUGUGAUAAUAGUAGCAGCAUAGAAUCAUAGAGUUGGAAGGGAUCCCGGGGGUCAUCUAGUCCAGCCCCUGAAAUGCAGGAAUGAUUGUGCAGGUACUUAUAGUAACGCAUAGGCACCUUUUGUAUGGCACUCAUGACAUCGGUCCAGAUGUCUUGUGUCACUUUUAACUAUCCAUUUUAUGUGCUUAAAAAAAUAUAUUCUGAGGAUUUGUGAUUGAGCUAUAGCAGUGUGUCAGCACAAAGAUAAUAAAUGAAUAAUAAACCACAGUAAUAAACCAAUUAACUGAUCAAUCUUCUGUACAAGUCAACAGCUAGUUUGGCAUAAUCUCUUUCUGUUAUAUGGGGGACAAGGAUAUUUCUUGCUGUGGGAUCUGAGGUAGGGCCUGUGUGUGUAUGAAGCAGUGGAUCCAGCACUGCUUCCCUAACUUUGGGAAGACGGUUCUUCCUUCCUUUUCAUUGUGCCACCUCCAGAUUGGCAUAAAGGAAGCUCAGGGAUUGCUGGUGCCACAGCCCUUCAGUGCCUUGUUUGGGGGCACUUGCUACUGCUGGCAGGAGAACGACUGACAAUAGCUUUCCAUUAGCACUCAUCUCUGAUGGCAGAAAGGCACAUAUGCACUGUCUUAACUCCUUGGGACAUUGGUGGGAUGGUUCAAAUUGUGCUCUAAAAUGCUUUCCUAUACACACUUACUUGAAGGUAAGUACUACUGAACUCAGUGGUGCUUAUUCUGAGUAGACCUGCUGCAUAGGAAUUCAUUGCAAAUAUUAGCCUAGGAACAUAAUUAUUUUAUCUGAUUCUUUCCCCCAUUUGUCCUCAAAAUGUAAGCCUAUCAACAGUAUCUUCUAUGUUUAUGUAGCUUACACUCCUUCUCUUCUGUAGUGUUACUGGAAGCAAUUUCAAAGAACGGGAGUGCUGCCGGGAGUGGUGCUUACUGUCGAAAACCAGCAAGUGGAAGUGAUAAGAACAAACCCAAUAGCAUGAAGGACAGCAGUGCAUCUGCUGCAGGUGAAAGUGGGAAGGCCUACACCAAAGAUCAAGUGGAAGGAGUGCAAAGGUAUUUUCCUAAAUAAACAGAUUGCCUGUUGAUAGUACUGAUAAUAAAUUACAAGUGUAUCUGACAGCAUAGCAUUCCCCAACCUGGUGCCCUCCAUCUGUUGUUGGACAGCAGUUCUAAUAAUACCUGACCAAUUGCCAUGCUGCAAUUUCAGGAGAAGAAAAGGCUGAAGAGUAAACCCUAUGAAAAUCCGAAGUCGAGUCUCUAAGGCAUCUUGUAAGCCUUCUACAGGCAACUCCUGGUGCCAAGCUGGUGCAAAACAUAUGCUGUGCUUUCCUUUGGAUCACAUCAACGAGGCCAAAAGGGGAGUCUUGUCAUCUGGGCAGCCCAGGACUUUCAUACACACUGCCCAGGCUAACACAGUCAUUUGACUUCACCCCCAGAGGCACACUCCAGACGGAUGCCAACAACAAUAUUAUUUGCCAUGCUGACUGGAACUGAUCAAAGUUGUAGUCUAAACGACCUGGAUGGCACCAUGUUGUGGAAGGCUGGUCUAGGUAAAAGAAGUACCUCUUCAGAUGUUGCCAGUGUGAUUUCAGCUUAAGAAUAUUAGCUGAGAACAUCACACUGCUCUUUACGAAGGUUUUAAGUCAACCUUUUAGAGCAGUACAGCUGUCACUUAAAUGUUCUGAUGCGAGAGCUAAACUCAUGGAUUCCAUUUUUGAAAGAUCUCAUAGUUUGAGCGCACUGCCGCUAUGUUGACAGAAUGCUUUGACAAUAUCAGCUGGAGCCUGGUGUAGCUUGUUAUCAUUUCAAACAGUAAAUGAGAUGGCUAAGAAAGUUUUGCCUGUAUAAACAGCAGCUGUGUCAAUAUGUUGAAUUGUUCCAUAUACUGAAGUGUUUUAAUUUAAUUCUACUAUUAACAUGGUAGGUGAAUAGGUCCUUUCCUACUUCUUUUCCUUUAGUGCAUGUAUUAGUGACUCUUUCACCUCUAACCUGAAUCCAAUCAACAGUUAGAUUAUGAGGAAAGUGGUCCUUGACCCAAUUUGCAAGCGAUAAGGAGGAAAAAAAGCAGGGGCAUGGGGAGCAAGCCCAAAAGCAAGAGGGUGCGCCACCCACUUUGGACUUUGGCUCCCCCACCACAAGCUUCAGUCCUAUUCACUUUAACAUGCACGCCUAAUAGAUUGCCCCAAGGGAAUGUGGCCCUCAACAGAAAAAAAAGAAAAGGUUCCCAACUCCUGAUUGACUCUCUCAUUGAAAUACGUGAGAUAACUUUUCCAGUGCAGGAGGAAAGGGUAAAAGGCCCCUUAGCCCAUGCCAGGGUCCUGAUCUGGAUUGGCCCCCAAGCUUGCAAUCUAUUGUACUUCUGGACUAGCUGGGGUCCCAUAUGCUAUUGGCAUGAAUGUCAAGGAGGAGGGGCAAAACUGAAGAAAAGAGUUCCUAGUGGCUGGUGGGAAUCUUCUGGGAGCCAGAUAUAGCUGGCAGGCCAGAGAUUCUCCAUCCACAUUCUAAAAUAUGAUGCAAAUGGUCUAGCCACGCAUUUGCUGCAUCCUGAGGUUUUUAUUCUUACUUUUAUUCAUUAAAUUUCUAUUCUGCCCUUCUUCCAAGAAGCUGACAGAGAUGGACAAGAUUUUUCUUAUCCCCAACCCCAAUCUAACUUAACAAUCUGCGGAGUACGUUCAGCUGAGAGAUAGUGACUGGCACAUAGCCAGUGAGCUUCAUGGCUGACAUAGAUUUUCCUGCUUCUUUUCCCACAUGUUUAGCCUCUGCAACUCACUAAAUAUGACAGAAGUUAUACGAACAACAUUUGGAUUGCAUGUACAUCACCUGAAUGUUUGGACAAUAGUGUUAAGAAGCACAGGAGUGCCAUUUAUAGAGCAGAACAAUCUCCAAGUGAUUAGUUUUAGCAUAUUUUUGCCAGGUUAAAAUCUAAUAAUGUGUAUUGAUAGGCAGAAAUAUAAACAAGCAUUUUAGUUUCUUCCCCAUCCUAUACACAAGAGAGAGUGCUUGUAGUUCUUCAAUAGAGUGUUGCUCGGUGACAGUAUGGUUCAACUGGGAGCAGUGCAAGAUGCAAUAACUCUUUACUGAUUGCAUAAGGGUUAAGCAAGCUGAACAGAAGGCUGCUCACUUUAUUGCACCAAAGAGGUCUGGUGAUAAUGUCUUCUCAUGUGGGCAAAAUUUCAUUUCCAAGUUUCUGAAACAAAAAAUAUGGGCUUAGCUUUCUAGUAAAGAGCUAUCAUCUUCAAAACCUGCACAACUACCAAUGGCAGCAUAAAAGUGAAAUGGAGCUCUUUCUUAUUGUAAUGCUGGUGUCUCUGGAAUAUCUAUCACAGCAUUUAAUCUCAUUAAGUUUGGGGGGAACCUAAUGGGUUGAUCAUUUUCAUAACUAUUAUUAGUAGGAACUACUACGUUAUCUUAUUGGAUUAGUGUUGCUCUGAAUCAAAGUGGGAUUUUAAAAACCAUUUAGCCGAUAUAUCAGUGUUCCUCCAAAAUAUUUACCAAUUGUCCUUGGUGCACUUUUAAUUCCUCUUCAAAGAGGAGCUGGAACCAAGAUGAGACUCCAAGGAGUUCAUUUUCCUUGUUGAAGAACUACAGCCACUGUAAAUCUUAUUACCCUUUCAGGUUCCAUGCACAUUCCUUGCUUUUUUUGUUAAAGAAAUAUUCAAAUCUGCUUUGAGAUGUUACAAAUUAUUUUACCUAAUGGAAAUUUACCAAUUCUUUCUUCAGUAUAAUGAACUGUAUCUGUCAUGCAUGAUUGAUAUUCAUUCAUACAAGCAAGAGUUCAGGAAAAUGAUUUGCCUCUUGUUAAUACGUAGACGUAUCGAAGUACUCAUCUGUCUUAACAGAAGAAUUUUGUGAUUUAAUUUCUUUAGAAUUUGCUAACCUAUCUACUGCUAAGCAUUUCCAUAAUAUUCCCUCCUAUGCUUCUUAACACUUUUGUCCAAACUUUCAGUUAAAAAUGUACAUGCAAUUCAAAUAUUGUGGGUAUAGCUUUGACCCACAUUUAAUAAUCGUACCUCGAUAAUAGUAAUAAUUUCACAAGUCAGCUGCUGGAUUCUAUGGCAAUAAGAUAAAAGUCCUUUGGUUUUAGGAGAAGACACAAGAGCUUUGCUUGCAAACUGCCAUCAUUUUUUCUAAUCCAUCCCCAUAAGAAUAGUUGUGCAGCUUGUCCCUGGAGUUUAUCCUUUAUAGUCUCUGGUGUUUGAAGCCACCUCUUUCUUGAUGGUUACAUCAUUGACCUCAUAAUCCUUUUGCCAUCAUGAACUGUAAAGUUAUAACAGGGCAAAGAAUAAAAACUGCUGCCCACUUAAAUGGGUUUCAGGUAACUGUACUAUUGGAUGUGUGUGUAUUAUAUCUGGGAUUCCUUUGUUAACAUUGCUUUACAAUAAAACACAUUACCAACAUUAGGCAUAGUUCUACAUAUGGAUUUUCCAAUGUAUGUGUAAUAUUACUGCUAAAAAAAAUCCAAAAAAAAUUCGAAAUACUGGUACUGUGGUUUCUGUGCAUAAGAUGAAGCUGUUUGAAAAUGAACUUUUCAAAUUGUGCUUUAAGAGUUGAUAGUUGUGUUUUAAAAUUGAAGUUAUUUUGUUUAAUGACCUCUUGCAGUAUAAAAAAAUGUAAAAAUUACUAUGAAGUCCUUGGAGUGUCCAAAGAUGCAGGUGACGAAGACUUGAAGAAAGCUUAUCGAAAGCUUGCUCUGAAGUUUCAUCCGGACAAAAAUCAUGCACCAGGAGCAACAGAAGCUUUUAAAAGUAAUAUUUUCUAAUUCACUUGUAGAAAAGAAAACAUUUCAGGGGCAGGUGUAUCUCUUUUGCCCAACUGGUUGUGUUAAUGCACAUCAUUUUAAUAAUGGGUUGGAUCCAAAGGUGCUCUUUUGUAGCUGCAAAAGGAUGGCUUUUUACACCUUGCACUAAGCUGUACAUCUUGUGGCCAGAGCAUUUUAUGUGACAAUGAAACUAAAUCUGUGAUCUUCUACUUUUGCAAGUGCAAGGAUAAAAACUCAUGUAGAAGUAACUUAUUGCAGGCGACUCUUCCAGGAGCACCUAUGCAAACCUUUAAAAAAUAGCACUGGUUGUUAUUUUCCUCCCAUUUAUGGUCCUUUGGUUGUAGCUCAGUAUAUUCAGAUCCUCAUACACAAGGUGGUAGACAUUGGGUUGUAAAAGCAAACCACCAUCUAUGUACUAACUUUAAUAUAGGUAUGAAAGGAACCUUACCAGUAACUUAUUGGAAACAUGGGCUGGAACCCAGGCUACUGGGAACCUUGUUUCAUGUGCCCAGGGGGUGCUGGGUUUGUCAGUCUUGAGCAGGGUCCCUGUAGGUUGUUUCAAAAGCAUGUUUAAACAGUUUGUGAUACGGCAUGAACACUUACUACAGUGGAACCUUGGCUGUCAAACGUAAUCCUUUCUGGAAGACUGUUCGAUUUCCAAAACGCUCAGCAACCGAGGUGCAAUUGCUGGUCAGCAAAAUCCUUUGGAAAAAUGGAGAAAUGCGCCUUGGAAGACGUUCGACUUCCAAGGUGCAUUCGAAAAUGGAAGCAUUCACUUCUGGGUUGUUGGCGUUCAAAAGCCAAAAUGUUCGACUUCCAAAGCAUUCGAAAACUGAGGUUCCACUGUAUUUAAAUAAAAUAAUAAAUUGGGCACUGCUAUGGCCAAACACUGCUUGCACUGAAAGAACACGAGUUUAUAUGUUACCGAACACACUUUCUGUUGUGAUACCUACUUGCAUUGUUAUUUGUUUUAUUUAUAAAUAAAUUGCUUCCUAUGAGGCAUCCCAAAGCAUUUCACAGUACUAUAGUCAUACUGGUAUCUGUACUAUACAUUUGUUUCCAUGUUUCAAAGGGGAGGGGGAAUGGACAACAACUUACUCCUUACUCCUUUUAGACUGUGUACCAUGCAUCAGCCCCCAGAGAUGUUUGAGACCAUGUCCAAUGUUGUCUAUGUGCAGUGUGGAAAAGUGGCUCACUGCAAGUCAGGCAGUCUGGGUCCCCGUCUGACCUGGGAAUUAAUACAAGUACAAUGUAUCGCUCCCUUCUCUGUGUAUCUAAAAUGUUUCUUUUCUCCCACGCUUCUUUCCCCUGCACUCUGCAUUUCAGAGAUCGGAAAUGCAUAUGCUGUGUUAAGCAAUCCAGAAAAACGAAAGCAAUAUGACCUCACAGGCAGUGAAGAGCCAUGCAGCCAUCCUGGCAACGGUAGAUUUAACUUCCACAGGGGAUGUGAAGCAGAUAUUACUCCAGAGGACCUUUUUAACAUGUUCUUCGGCGGGGCAUUUCCAACAGGUAUAUUCACUGAUCACCUCGCCUUAGCUCACCACUUCCAUCUCACUCCCUCUGUAUCAUCCUGCCCAUUCACUUAUCAGUCCCAAAUAUCACCCCUUUCCUAAGGUAGAUCAGCCACCUUGAGUUGUACAUAUGUAUUAAAUGAAUGGGGUGUAAGUGCUUUUGUAACUGAUUAAAUCUGUUCUAGCAUGCUCAGCAACAAUUGCCUCGUGUAGGAUGGUACCAGCAAGGUUCUCAUACAAUGAUAUCAGAGCGCCCACAAACUAUUUAUUGCUUCCUAGUGCUUCGCUUUAAACCAAAUUUGCUUUUCCCAAACCUGAAGAACAAGUUUGUGAAACUUAAAUGUUUGCCUUGCCCACUAGCAGCCAGUGGUCCAAUAAACUGUUACGUCUUUUUCUUGAAGGUGCAAUAUAUUAUUUGUACUAAUUAGUAUGGCAUUCUGCAUUGCCUAUAGUGUUGCCUCAAAACAAGUACAGCUGAGUACAUAUUUUUUCACCUUGUAGUGUUUUUUCUGCUCCCAAUGCGAUCUUUUAAAUAUUUUCUCCCCUGUAGGCAGUGUGCAUUCAUUUUCUAAUGGAAGGUCUGGCUACAGUCACCAUAAUCAACAUCGUCAUAGUGGGCAUGAAAGAGAAGAGGAGAGGGGUGAUGUAUGUUUGUCUUUUGCAUGAACUUAUCUUUUUUGAAAUAUCGUCCCUAGAAGUAAUAUUAAUGAGUAGCAUGCCUUGCAGUUCUGUUGUCUAAAUGAGUGCCUGUUUAGUAAACAGAAGCAAGGAAAUAGUAACAGUUAAAAACCUAAUUCCGAAUUUUCUGAACUAGCGUAUCUUAUUUUUAUGGAGGAAUCCUAUGCAUAAUGUUUACUCAGAAGUAAGACCCAUUGUGGCUCACCCCCAGGUACUUCUUCAUAAUAUUGUAGCCUGCAUUAGAUUUUGGGCUACAGUAGUGGCACCCUUGCACUUAAUUAUAUAUGCGGCAUAAAGUUUAUAAAGAGGAGCUAGCAGCAGCUUGCUUUUGCUCCUCUAUGGGAAUUCCUGCAAUUCCUCUAAGCCAGUGGUUCUCAAAGGGUGUAGCAAGUCACACUAGUGUGGCAGGAGAAGAUGGCAAGUGUGGCGGAGAAGAAAAAGUUUGAGAACUGCUACUCUAAGCCAUGACUUCACAUGAGGAUAGGACAUGAAGUGAUAGGUUUUAACAAUAUGAAGUUAAAGAAAGACUACACAUAUUCAUUAGUGCAACCUAUCUCCUUCCAAAGCUUUCAAGAAAGACUGGACAGGAAUCCACUAUAGGUCUUUUGGGGUGUACACAUCUUUUCUGUCUAGGAAAGUGGUGAUGAUGGUGGAAUAGAUUCCUUCCAACAAAAACAAAACACCCUGUGAUUUGUCUAUCUGAUUGCUGUUUCCUUCUCCAGGGCGGCUUCUCUAUGUUCAUCCAGCUGAUGCCAAUUAUUGUGCUGAUCCUUGUCUCUUUGCUGAGCCAGUUGAUGGUGUCUAAUCCUCCAUACUCCUUAUAUCCAAGAUCGUAAGUGGUACUAUUAAUAUUUGUAUGGUUUACAUGGAUAUUUUAAAAUACCUCUGCUGUUCCUGCAUUUUUUCAAGCUUUAUGUAUUGCAGAGCUUUUCUCCUUUGUGUGCACCAAUUCAGAAAUGAUCAGGAAAAUCCAAAGGCAAGAAAUGCUCCUAUUACCCCCUUGAAAAACUAGCUCAAUAUAGAAGCUCAGUUCAGCUGAACAAUGGCUUAUUGUGGGUCUGUGCUAUGUUUACAUCACUUAGGUCAGUGUUGCUAAGGGGUUCUGCGCCUUAUUUUUGACCUUCACUGGGAAAAGAGGCCUUAAUGCUUUCUCACGUGGUUGUCCUUGACAAGGUUUAAAGUAGAGCUUACAAUGAAAUUUACCCAUUUGGUUGCACUUUAAACUAGCAGCAUGAUGCUGUAACUAAGAAGUAUUUACAAGUGGUUCUGAGUUUUGAUUUUUAGAAUUAGAGAUCUGGAGAUGGCAACCACAGCUAUUUUCAGGCUUUUUGUGAGUGGAAUCCUAGUGCUUAUUUGGAUUGCUUAAAACAAAUGGCUUUCCUUCUGGUACUUACUUCUGUUGGUAGUUUAUCUACUAACGCAGGAGUCAGCACACUUUUUCAGCAGGGGGCCAGUCCACUGUCCCUCAGACCUUGUGGGAGGGGGGGCGGACUAUAUUUUUUUUUGGGGGGGGAGGAAAUGAACAAAUUCCUAUGCCCCACAAAUAACCCAGAGAUGAAUUUUAAAUAAAAGGGCACAUUCUACUCAUAUGAAAACAAGCUGAUUCCCUGACCGUCCAUGGGCCCGAUUUAGAAGGUGAUUGGGCCAGAUCUGGUCCCCUGGGCCUUAGUUUACCUACCCAUGUACUAACGCAAUGUGCAUUAUGUUUUAAUGCUAAUAGUAGAUUCGUUGUUAGUAGCUAGACUGCAGUUGCAUGUGUCAGAGGCCAGGACCUCCUACCUGAGUGAUAGCCUCUCCCUAGAAGGUGAGAAGUCCACAGCAUUACUAGCUUCCAGUUUCCUAUGGUAAUGGAAGCCACUAUCUUAACCUGGCUGACUCUGUAAAUAUAGGCAAUGAAGAACAGAGGGAAUUUCUUAAUUUAACCCUUUAGUAUGAAAAUAUAUUUUCUUGUAGAUUAAUUUUUAAAAAAUGAAGCAAAGGUAAAUAUAGAGGACCUCUCCAAAAUGAACUUUAAAAUUCAAUUCAGUGUAAACAAGUGUAAAGUGUUACAUGUAGGGGGGGGAAUCUUUCACAUAUCCACUCAUGGGGUCUGAACUGGCAGUGACUGACUCAGAAGUGAGACUUUGCUGUUGUGAGUAGCUUGAUGGAGAUGUUGAUCCAGUGUGCAGUAGCUGUGAAAAAGGCAAAUUGCAUGCUAGGAUAUUUAAUGUGGAGCCUUCUAAUUAGGAGCAAUCUAACUCAAUAGAAUGCCCACAUCAUUGUGAUAAGCUCUAGACAUGUUUUAGCAAACCAACGACAUGGAAGGUAUAGAGUUUACAGAAAAUCAGACACCAGAUACAAGACAUCAUUUAUAACAUUGCUAUUUCUUGCUUUACAGACAUGGCAAAUUGGUGUUGUAUAUAUGUAAAGACUUUCGUGAAAACUCUUAUUUAUGUUGCAAUGAAUCUGAAACCCUCUUUGAUUUUUCUUUGCUGACAACAACAUUGGGGACAGUGACACAGGCUGACAAUUAGUAUGGGAUCUCUUUACAGGGGUUCAGGACAGACCAUUCAGAUGCAGACACAAAACUUGGGUGUUGCUUAUUAUGUCAACAAGGACUUUAAAAAUGAAUAUAAAGGUGCAAAUUUGCAAAAGGUGGAAAAGAGUGUGGAAGAGGACUACGUGUCCAACAUUCGAAAUAACUGUUGGAAAGAGAGGCAACAAAGUAAGUAGACCUUAUGAUUUUUUUAAAAAUAAAGGCAUUAUACCGAAUAACAUGUAGCUCUGAAUAGAAUGAGAUACUUGCAUGGAUCCUAAGGGAGUUUCCCCCCUUUUCAGAGGUUUGUGAGUUCCAGGUUCAUUUCCCCUAAACCACGCCCACCUGCCCUGCAACUGAUGUCGUAUUGAAUUUUCCGCACACCAGUAGAUAGGCAGAGAACUCACUUGCACACCUGAACCCUGCGUAAAGCAGAACUGAAACCCCUGCACACUGGAUCAUGUGUGAGUUCAGUCCUGCUGUGUCAGUAUCUUCCACCCACACCUCCUGACACAUCAACAGGAGCACCUAACUGCCAAUGACCAACUUGGAUGGCUUGGAAACUGCAGGAAGGGCAAGUGCUCCUGUGCUUAGGUCCUGCUUGCAGACUUCUCAUGGGCAUUUGGUUUGCCGCUGUGAAAACAGGAUGCUGGAUUAGACAAGCCAUUGGUAUGACUUAUAAGGUUCUUGUAUAAGAAUUAUUGAGGUUAUCUUUGUAGAGUGCUUCGAACAGUUGCAGUGGAAGUGCUAUAUUUGUUGUCAUCAAGAGGGGGAAUGACCACAAUCACCUCAGAAGCAGUCAUAAAAUUCCGGGGGGGGGGGGGGGGGCUUUAUUUGGACUCUGAAUACUUCAACAAUUAUAUUCUGGUGGCUAGCAUCCUCUUCCUGGAAAAGAUGUCAAGCAGGUUGCUGACCAAUUCCAGACACUCUUGAAUUAAACUCAUUUUAUAGAUCCAUUUCAUUCAAGGUUUAGCCUUGGUUUUGGCACCAAAACUGUCUUGGUUGCCUUGUGGGAUUAUGUUUGCUAGUAGGGAGACACAGACAGUGUAGCCCUGUUGUUGUUGUUGUUGUUUUCUUUUAGACUUGGACACUGUUCUUAACAGUAUGUGUUAUAGUAACCUCCUAAAGAUGUUGCUUGAUUGGGUGUGGACAGCAUUUGCUGUUCAGUAGUUCCUCUUGUACUUGGACAGAAGGUGUUCAAUUCCAUCACUGGCUUUGGGGUCCUGAAGGGUUCUGCCUUAUCCAUGCUUUUUAACAUCUACAUGAAAUGGCUGGGUGAGGUCAUCUGGGGAUUUGGAAUGUUGUGUCAGCAGUUUGUCAGUUAACAUUUAGGGGUUCCCCCCUUGCUUUAUAUUGAAUCCAGAUGAGGGUGUCUAUCUAGAUCAAUGCUGGGCUGUGGUAAGGAGGAGGAUGAGGGCCAAUAAGCUUAGAUUCAGUGCAAACUAUAGAGAGGUAUUCCCCCUAAAGGACUGGGUUUGUAAUUUGGAUAGAGGUACUCCCUCUAAAGGACUGGGUUUGUAAGUUGCAUGAGUGGCUUGGAGCACCUUCUUCCAGCUUGGGUUGGUACACGGCUUCUAUGAUCCAUUGUUAUAGGGCAGUUUAUAUGUUAAAUAAAAAGGUGAAGAGAGAAAAUUGAAAGCCACAUGGCAUCCAAGAGAAGAGGGUACUCUCUGGCAGGUUGAAAAUUUGUGGAUCUGAAUCAUUUUAGUAUUGGCAUGAUAUGAAAAAAGUAGAUGACGUUUUAUUGCUUUCUCUUUUUGUAAACCACUUUGAGGUUUUUUACAGUCAAGUGCUGUAUACAUUUUAUGAAAUAAAUAACAUUUGUCAGCUAUUGCCAAGAUGUUUUAUUUACUUUGUUUUUGUUUUUAAAGAAACAGAUUUACUGUAUGCAGCAAAAGUGUACAGAGACGAACGUCUUCGAAGGAAAGCAGAAGCCAUCUCCAUGGACAACUGCAGAGAGUUAGAACGGUUGACCAGUAUCUAUCGGGGAGAAUGAGCUAGAUCCUGAAAUGUACUGCCUGUACAUGCGCGUUCUCUCUCUCUCUCUAUGUAUAAAAAGAAAAAUCUGUAAACUGAGAAAAUACUAUUCCGUCAUGAAAAGGAAGAGGGAUGUAAAACUGCUGUCUAGCUGUUUCCAAAAACCUUGUCCUGAAGUACCAAUAUAAUUUAAUAGCCUCUUAGUCUGAAAUAUAUGACAAGGUCAUAUAUUUACAUCAUUGAAUUGUCAUUUAAGUUUUACUCCCAGAGCUUCUGUGAUUUCUUUUUCUACAAGAAGCAGCUUCAAUGUGCUGCUACGCUUGUGGAGAUGUAGACAUAGUGGUUCUUCUUCUGAAAUACUUGCCAUGUAAAUAUGUGUGGAAAAAGAAGACUUGUGUAUAUAAAAAUGUUUAAAGAAAUCUCAAAGGCAUUUAGAUGCAUUAAACCCUUUAAUCUCAUGGAUGGAACAAAUAGUAUGACUACAUCAUUCCUUAUUCAGAUGUCAAGUGUGUGGAAUUGAAAGAAAACAGGAACAAUUUUCUCUCUGCAUAAAAUCUACUAGGUUGAAGGAAUAUUUUUUAAAAAGUAAUGGGCCAUGUGGAUUUCUUAUGAGAUGAUUGGAUAAGACUGGCUGAUACCCGAGUUUCAGCAUUCAUGCUGUAGUUUUAAUACUGUAUAUCUAAGCAGUGACAAACCAGACAUCUGUACCAGACUGUUUCUUGCUAAGUGGCACACUGGCACCAAAAAAGAGAAGUACACAGAUACUUUUGGUACUUAAUCACAUUCUGUUUUGGUGUUCCAGAAAAGAACAAGGUGUAUUUAAGCAAGUGCUGCUGUACAACCCACCUCUCCAUAUUUUUUAGUUUAGCAUGACUUAGGGUCACGUGCAAAUCCUUUAGAAAUGGAAGGUGUUAAAUCCACUUGCUAAAUACACAAGCAUGCUAAAUAUACAUUCAUAGGCUGCUUCUCUUUCACUAAAAAGCAGAGAAAAUAAUGGAGUAGCAAUUUUUUAAAAAGUUGGGGAAUUUGGCAGUUGUGUUAAUUUACAACUCUGUUUUCUGUGUAGGUAUCAACAGUUGAUCAAGCCACUUCUAGGGCAUUAUCCAAUGUCACACCAGUGGAUAUAAUGGGAUUUUCCUUUCUUCUCCUUCCCGAUGUGCCCCCAUAAUUGACUCGGAAUAUUCCCACCUCUGGAGCAGAUUUUGAGGAUGUGCAGGGGAGAGAAAAGGAAUAGGUCCCCUUGCACAAGCAGAAGUCUGCUGUGCAAGGAUAACACUGUUGUAUGUCACCUCUAAAGUUCAGCCUUGUGCCUUUGAACCCUUUGCUGAUUCUUUAACAAUUAGCUUGUCUAUGAAUUGCUGCUGUAAGCUGUGGUUUUGCUUGUUGACAAGAGCUAAGAAGCCACAGUGCAACAGUUUCUGUCCAGAUGUGUACAGGGUAGAUUUUUGUACAGAGGAGCAUUGAGAUCACUGAUGAAAGAAAAGUGCUAUAGUUCUCAGUGAUCACAUGCUGUAAAAAGGAUAUAGUCACGUUUGCUGGUGUAAAUUUAAUAUGCGGUUUUGGAUAAACUUUAAACAGGAGUCUUGGUGCCUGAGUUCCGACUUUAGCAAACCUUUGUAAGCUAUUUUGCGUCUAAUACUGCAUAUAAAAAUAUUUAUGUUCCAUUUGUUUUGUUCUAAGGGCAGUGUGGUUUAUCUUAGAAAAUAUUUACUUUAAAAUGAAUCUGCAAGAGAAAACACGAUUUCUACGUGUUAAUGGAAAUAUAGUACCUCAGCUGAUCUCCCCCCCCCCC